GGCAGAUAGAUGCCUGCUCCUGUGCAGGAGGGGUCUCCGUUUCUGAGGGAGGAGUUUGUUUGUAGAAGCUCUCUCUGGAUUUUAGCCUUCUCAGAUUCGGGGUAUUCAGGAGAGCAAGGACCAUUUUCUUUUGCUAACAUGCUUUCUGCCACUCACCCAGUUCUCGUGAUCUUCUUAAUCAUCGGAGGGACCAACGGAGACUCAGUGAACCAGACAGAAGUCCCAGUGGUUCUUCCAGAGGAGGCACCUAUGACUCUGAACUGCACUUACCAGACCACUUAUUCAGUUUCUGGUCUUUUCUGGUACGUCCAGUAUCUCAACAAAGCUCCUCAACUCCUCCUGAAGGGGUCAACUGCAAACCCGAGGCCCAAGGAGCAAGGUUUCCAGGCCACUCUGGUUAAGAGUGACAAGACCUUCCAUCUGCAGAAACGCUCAGUGCAAACAUCAGACUCGGCUGUGUAUUACUGUGCCGUGAGUGACACAGUGAGAGGGGCUGCAGGGGGAGCUGAGCACAAACCCAGAGGGCACAGGUGGGGACUGGCUGUGGGCUGCCCUGGGAGGGGGGGUUCUUCUCUGUCUCUGCUCUUGCAUGCUGGAGGCAUCCUCAGGGUAUUUCCAGCUCUGAUGCUCAGAGCCAGGAUCCUUGGAAUUCUUGGAUUGCUGGUCAGAGAGGAAUCUAGGCCAGGGCAGUUUAAGAGGAACCUAAGAGCUCGUCUCAGAAAUGCCUUUCUUCUCAGCCCAGCCUCUUUCCUCCAGAUGGCACAGAAUUCCAAGGAAGUGACACCAGCUCUGUUCCAUGACAUACAUGCUGAAAUAUUCCACAAGCUGUUAAGGAAAAUGCCCAUGGCACAUAGUUCAUGGACAAAUGCGUGUGACCUUGAAGCUAGUGCUUGUAUUUUACAGUUCAGACCAGGAUUGGGUGUUUGGCUGAGUUUUACUAGCAGACACUGCAUCUCUCUCUAGCAACUCAGAAAUUUGUUCUCUCUUUCCUUGAAUUCUUAAUUUUUUUUUAUUUUAGGACCGAACAUGCAGCAUAUGGAAGUUCCCAGGUGAGGGGUUGAAUCAGAACUGUAGCUGCCAGCCCAUACUACAGCCAUAGUCACGUGGGUUCCGAGCCUCUUCUGCGACCUGCACCUCAGCUCAUGCCAAUGCUGGAUCCUUAACACUCUGAGCAAGGCCAGGGAUGGAACCCACAUCCUCACGGAUACUAGUUGGGUUCAUUUCCACUGAGCCACAACAGGAACUCCUCUCUUGCCUUGACCUUUCAUUCCUUUGUGGUUGCUCCAGAAAUGCUGCUGCUAAGUAAGUUCCACGAGGCGAGCUUCCUGAGAACAUAUUCCUUCUCUCAAGGUCAAUGGGGAUCAGAUCAGCCUAGUCAGUAAACACUGCACUCAUGUAUGUCUUAACUGUGCUCUCAUACAUCCACCGUCUUCCUGUCAUCACGGCAGCUCUUACAGAACACUCAAUAAUCAUCCCACUUCUGGACUUGAGAUCUGUGCUUUGAGAAACUCUGGAUUCUGGACAUGGCCAGGACCGUGUAACCUAACAUCUUGUUUCUAUCAUGGCAUUUAUGCCUGUGGUCCUUCUGAAGUGAGUCCGAUUCAGUGGCCAACGAAACACUCAUGUGUUUGUUUAGGCAGAGACGAGGACACACAUGGACUCUUGUUCACUGGGACCCCAUGGGCUUACAAUAGUCCCUAGUUUCUCCACCAAAGGAACACAAACCAGAGAAAUGUGUGCCUCUCACGGAAACCCUUAGGGGACGUGGCUCAGCAAGAGACGCUUGUCCUAACACCCUGGAGAUCCCUGCACGUCCUCUGUCCUUUCUCCAUCUUGCAUGAUUCUCUGGGCUUGACAGGUCUGGGUGCAGGUUUUGCAGGGCCUGAAGCUUCUUUGAUUUCAGAAUUUUCUUUUUCCAGCAAAAGAAAUUAAAAUUAGAAAUACACAUUUCUGAGUCCCAGGAUAAUAAGUGGUCCUGAAAUACAAGCCUGUGUUGAUCCAUGUUAACUCAGCCCCUGUGGUCUUAUAAAGGUCACCUUCUUCUUCAAGACUGAGACAUAUCAUAAAAAAGAACAAAAUAAUGCCAUUUGCAACAACAUGGAUGGAACAAGAGACUCUCAUACUAAAUGAAGUGGAUAAGAAAGAGAAAGACAAACACCAUAUAAUACCACAUAUCUGGAAUCUAAUAUAUGGCACAAAUGAACAUUUCCACAGAAAAGAAACUCCUGGACUUGGAGAAUAGACUUGUGGUUGCCAAGGGGGAGGGGGAGGGAGUGGGAUGGACUGGGAAUCUGAGGUUAAUACAUGCAAACUAUUGCAUUUGGAGUGGAUAAGCAAUGAGAUCCUGCUGUAUAGCACUGGGAACUAUAUGUAGUCACUUGUGAUGGAGCAUGAUGGAGGAUAAUGUGAGAAAAGAAUGUGUAUAUUAUGUGUGUGACUGGGUCACCUUGCUGUGUAGGAAACUGACAGACCACUGUAAACCAAAUAUAAUGGGAAAAAUAAAACUCAUUCAAAACAUUUU